GCAGCCGCGACCAUCCGAUCGGCCGCGUGAUCUCCGUGUAGGUAGUGUUUGAAGAGUGCCACGCUGCGCUGCCGGUGAAGAGGCGGUCGGGGCGAGCGAUGAUGAUGAUGAGCGGUCGCCCGAGUGGCGGCGCCGGCGGGCGGUACCCGUUCACGGCGUCGCAGUGGCAGGAGCUCGAGCACCAGGCGCUCAUCUACAAGUACAUGGCCUCUGGCACGCCCAUCCCCUCCGACCUCAUCAUCCCUCUCCGCCGCAGCUUCCUCCUCGACUCCGCCCUCGCCACCUCCCCUUCCCUCGCCUUCCCUCCCCAGCCUUCGCUGGGGUGGGGUUGCUUCGGCAUGGGGUUCGGCCGGAAGGCGGAGGACCCGGAGCCAGGGCGGUGCCGGCGUACGGACGGCAAGAAGUGGCGCUGCUCCAAGGAGGCGUACCCGGACUCCAAGUACUGCGAGAAGCACAUGCACCGUGGCAAGAACCGUUCAAGAAAGCCUGUGGAAAUGUCCUUGGCCACGCCGCCGCCUUCCUCGUCCGCCUCCUCCCCGGCGUCGAACGCCUCGGCCGGCGCCGGCGCAGGCGCUACCACCACCUCUUCACCCGCGCCGUCCUACAACCGCCCGGCGGCGCACGACGCGGCGCCGUACCAGGCUCUGUAUGGCGGUCCAUAUGCCGCGGCCACCGCUCGCACGCCCGCCGCCGCGGCGUUCCACCCGCAGGUGAGCCCGUUUCACCUCCACCUCGACACCACCCACCCGCACCCGCCUCCGUCGUAUUACUCCAUGGACCACAAGGAGUACGCCGUCUACGGGCACACCGCCAAGGAGGUGCACGGCGAGCACGCCUUCUUCUCCGAUGGCACCGAGAGGGACCACCACGCUGCUAGCCAUGGCCAGUGGCAGUUCAAGCAGCUCGGCAUGGAGCCCAAGCAGAGCACCACGACUCUUUUCCCGGGGACCGGUUACGGGAACACCGCGGCGUCGCCGUACGCCAUCGAUCUUUCGAAAGAAGACGACGAGGAGAAAGAGAGGCGCCAACAGCAGCAACAGCACUGCUUCCUCCUGGGCGCCGACCUCCGGCUGGAGAAGCCGGUGGGCCACGACCCCGCAGCGGCGGCGCAGAAACCUCUCCGGCAUUUCUUCGACGAGUGGCCGCAUGAGAAGAGCACCAAGGGUUCUUGGAUGGGGCUCGAGGGCGAGACGCAGCUCUCCAUGUCCAUCCCCAUGGCCACUAACGACCUCCCCAUCACAGCUACCUCCGCCUACCACCACGAUGAUUAAUCUCCUGAAGAAGUGAUCAACACGGAAGGGAUCAACUGCUUCCUUAAUGGCGAAUCGAUCGAUCAUUGCAUCUCCAAACUAAUGUUGAUCAUUCGGGACAUCAUGAAUGACAGGCCGAAACAAACUUACGACUACGAGUUCGCUGAUCCUCUUGUUUCCACCUUUUUUUUUUCACUUGCGCCAUUUGUAAUGUUGCUUCGAGUGUUACUGCUACAUUUUCUGUGAAAUGGCCUCAGAAUGAUGCGGUCGGGCUGAUUAAUUAGGUUAGACUCUUCCUGAAUCAACUUAGGAAUAGAUUUUCUGCCUGGUUCCUGUCAGUCCCUGUAAUAUCUGCAGCAGCUUGGGAGCUUCGCUUUUGUGAACUCCUUUUUUUUUCUCUUUACGAUUCCUCUGCCUGUGAUAGUAUGUCACAUCUCUGGAUUCUGAGGAAAGCAUAGUCAUCCUGUUUCACAUCAUACUUUAUGCUUUCUGACAAGUCGGUAUGGUAUUCCUACUUGGUUUAAACAGCACGC